AUAAAAAAACACAGGGGCGGUCUCCUCGGUGUUUGGAUUUGGUUGUAGGUGGAAUGCGAUUGUCUGAUCUAGAUUUAUAAAUAGGUUACAUGCAAGAAAGGGUGUAGUGGUUGAUUUAAAUAUAUAUGUAUUUAUAUAUAUAUAUAAGAGUGUGUGUAUAUAUCGUGUAUGGCUAUCUCAAUGUAACAGAACCAGAAGUACGUACAAGUGUGUAUAAAUUCUCCACUCUACAGAUUUACAGACACUGUGAGUCACAGCAGUUUGAUGAUACUUCGAAUUUGUGAGACUCCUCAUACUUAAUGUGAUCCUUCAAAAAAAAAGAAAAAAAGAAAAAAAAGAAAGAUAGAAAAAAGGGACUAAACCAAACUAAAGCGUUUGAAUAAAAGGUGGAAUACUAAUAUGCUCCACCGACAUCCUUCAGCUCAGGCAAACUUUCCACCAGCUCGAACACACGCACGCACACACACACAUACACACACACACACUCAUCUCUUCCUUGAGUAAUGUUUUGGAUAAUAAACUCUAUCAUUGCAGCAUCAGAAACACAGAUGGCAGCUGUAGACUUCUGAGUAGUGUUAAAAAAAGAGGCAGCUCAGUAGCACAGUACAGAAAACAUCCAAGAGGAGGAAGAGGAGGAGGAACAGUUUCUCUCUCUCUCUCUUUUUUAGAGAUUGUUUUAUUCACACGGAGGGUGGAGGUGGACGUUAGGGAAGGGUGGGGGCAAUAUCCAUAUUAGGAAGCCGUGUCCUACAUAAUAGACAUGGCACAACUGCCACUGAGCAAGGCACAGGUGCCGGGCAGCAGUCGGGGUCCGGUGGCUCUUUUAGACAUUACAUAUGAGGAUCUGAAACCGCUGGAAGCUCUCUGGUGUGUCGCGUUUCUUCUUCUUUCAAUCUGUGCGCCUGCUAAAGCUCUCACAAUCUGCAUGCGGGGUGUGUGCCCGUGCGCGUGUGUGUGUUUGGGGGGGGAUGUGGCGAGGAAGGAGUGAAGAAGUAAGGUGGUGGGGGGGUUGAUCGUGUAGUUCGUGUGAGAUACUGUAAGUGGGGGCUACUACUUGCCCCCCACCCGCAGUUGAUGACACACACCUACAGGAUGUGUGCCUGCUGUUAUGGUAAAGGUUCACAAUAGCACUAAGCUCCAAGGGGGGGGGGGGGGGGGGUUAUUGCAAGACAAUUGGGAUGACUGAGACUUGUUUCACAUAAUCCCUAUUAUGUGACGUGUACAUACAGGUGACUAUGAUACCAAAAUGAGGGAGUGUAUGUGCGUGUGCAAAACUAAGCCCAGAACACCAGUGUCAAAGGGAUUUCAUACCAAUAUAACACACGAGCACAUUUGCGCACGAGGGUCAUUGUGAGAUGAGUGUCUUCUUCACUUCUCUGGACACUAUCAUUAAUUGCCAACACGCACGCGGGCGCCAGUUCACGUGUCCCUGAUAGGAAGCGAUGGACAUACGUGAAAGCGCGGAGAGUGGAAUGUGCGUCCCCUGCGUGGGGGGCAGAGGUUUGGUGACACCGCGAGGACAAACUUUUUUCUUCUCUUUUGUUCGCCCUCGAUCUUGCACCUCACCGUUUCACAAACACAAUCUCUCUCUCUCUCUCUCUUACACACACAGAUGGGGCUUCUUUCCAUGCACGGUGCGUUCAGGUGCUCUCAUAACCUCUGCCAUUCACAUGCUAGAAAAUGUGAUCAAAAAGUAGUGUGUGGUGGUUUUAAAAGAGGAAGAAUUUGUUGAAUCUCGCUGUGACAUGGGGGAUGUUGCAUGUCUUAUGAAAAGAUCGUCUGUGUGGACCAGCCUAGUGUGCUUCCUUUACUUGAAACGCAUGCGAAUUGUAGGAAAUGGACUGACUCAACGUGAAAAGUAAGAAAUACAUGAAAUUAUUAAUGUUAAUGAAGUGACAUCAAAAACAACAGGCUAAUCUAAAUCAACAGUGCCUUGUGCGACCUUUAUUUCCAAUCACUCAAUAAAUCUCUUACUCAAUGCAAUCCGCAAAGUGACGUCUUCCAACGUUAUCUGAUCAUUCUGAGUACAAAAGUUAUUGACUCAAAAGACGAGCAGGUGAGAGAAACCAGAAAAUACCGGUCGGAAAAUAUAUAAAUAUAUGUAGCCCAAUCAAAAAUAAUUACCAUUUAACUGGAUAGCACCUCUAACAACACACGCCAUAAUGUACACUCAUCUUUUAGAGUAUUCAACAUACAGUAGUAUUUGUUUACGUCGCUGCUAAAUUUACUACAUAAUUCCAACCGUGUGUCACUUUAUCCCUGAGUCAUGACAUAUCCGACAACACCUAAAAGCAGCAGCAGCGAAACGACAAGAGACAAGACAGACAGAGAGAGAAGCAGAGAGAGGAACCUGUACUGUGGUAGCUACAACACAAGGAGACAGGAAUUCGGCCGAGAUAAUAAUAAUAAUAGCAAUCGUGCAGGAUUGUGGCGAAGUUGAUCAGCGGGCUGCUGUUGUCAGUCGCCGCACUGGAGCACACAGCGGGGUCUCCUCUGUAUCUCUGCUGGAUCUGGACUCUUGGACGCUUUAGGGAACCUGCACCCCCCCGACCCUCCCCUUUCUUUCUCCGACUGUUUGAGCUGCUCAGCGUUGUUUUAACUGGUGAGGAAAGUGAAGAAAGAAAGUUUUACGUGUGUUCUCCUCUCACAGCUGCUGACAGGAUUUUUGGUAUAUGGCAUGUGGAUGGUACACGUGCGGGUCACCACUUAAAGAACGCUCGCCGUUUGGCAGUACAAUGAAGACCAGAAGAGUAGCGAAUGGCCUCCUCUGAGGCAGACACCUUCAGACAUGCCACUCCACCGACACAAUGACAUGAAACUGAGUGAAACUUUCACAUUAUUCUGACAAAGAGAUUGUUUAAAUCUCAGUUAUUAUAUGCCGACCUUUUCGACUCUGAGAAAGCAAAUGACAAGUAGCUGUUUGUGAUUUGAGUCACCGAGGAUGGCUAUAUUGCGUGGCAUCCAGUGACCGGACUUGAGCUGCUAUAUUGGUAGCCUGAUCGAAUGAUUGAAGGCAGAUAGUGUUUUCAACUUGCCAACAAAGACAUCUCUAGAUGUACAGCUGCAGAUAGCAGUAGUUAUAAAUACUGUUUGAGCUUAUGAGAGGCCACCUAGACAGGGUAGUUUAAUUCAUACCAUGAAUCCCAGAGACAGUGUGGACGUAAUGGAGACUCAGGCAGGAGGUCAGAAGGAGAAGUUGAGCAUAGACAAAGCCAACCCUAAAAAUGAGAUGGAGGCCGAGGACGACAAAACUCCUGGGAGUUACGACUGCAACAUCUGUGGACGCAGCUUUCCUUUCCUUAGCUCUUUGUCGCAGCAUAUGAGACGCCACACGGGUGCACGCCCUUACAAAUGCCCCUACUGUGACCACAGAGCCUCGCAGAAGGGCAACCUCAAAGUCCACAUUCGCAGUCACAAGCUGGGCACGCUGUCUAGCCACCACUCCAAUGAGGAUGAAGAGGGUGCUGCUGAGGAGGAGGAGAUGAGGGUUUCAGAGGGUCUCGAUGGAGGCACCAGCCCAACCAAGAGCAGCUCUGCCUGUAACCGGAUGAUAAAUGGGGAUGGUGGUGAGGAAACCCGUAGGAAAGUCCCUGUGAGGAGCAUGAAAAGGGAAAAGUCCGUCACUGAGCAGCGGCCUUACUGUUGCCGUUUGUGCGGCUACGAGGCCCAGCGGGAAGACCAGCUCCUCAGCCACAUUGAGAAGGUCCACAUAACAGCAGACACAGAAGAGGAGACCGCUGUCAAGGAGGAGGCUGCGACCGAAGCUGACGUCAUCCAGCCCCAGAGUGACGGGACCUUCCCUUGUGAGACUUGUGGUCAGGUGUUCUCCCAAUCCUGGUUCUUGAAGUCACAUAUGAAGAAACACGCGGGGAUCCUGGAUCACUGCUGUCGCAUCUGUGGGAGACGUUUCCGCGAAGCGUGGUUUCUCAAAUCUCACAUGAAAACACACAACACCAAAUCUAGGUCACGGUCAAAAGCAGAGUCAACUGAGCAUCCAGCCACCAUCAAUGAUGUAGCCCAGGAUCCUGAUAUUGUUACCGGCUCCGUUACUUCUGUCUACCAAAUGUGCUCCAAAUGUGGAAACCUGUUUCACAACAGAGAGAGCCUAAGAGCCCACGAUAAAGUUCACAGUCUCGGCUAUAGCAGGAAGUCCCCGAGCCAAGGGAGGCCCAAUGACGAUGAGGACUCCCCAGCAGCUAAGAAACGUUUCCUUGACUACUUAAACCUCCAGCCUUUUGAGGGAAAGAACCAGGAUGAAGAGGAGGAAAGUAAGGAAAAGAUGAUGGGUCAAAGAAUCCCAGAGCUAGAUCCAGUUUGCAGCUACCAGGCCUGGCAAUUAGCCACUAAAGGAAGGGUUGUGGAGCCAGUGGAGUCUAGUUACAAGGCCUCAUGCGGGGCAGGAAGUAUCGGAGAGGAAGCCCUAGCCGGUGCUGCUGUGGUUUUUGAGAAGGAGAGCAGCCGUUAUGUCCUGCAAGGUCAAGUGAAACGCAGUUCGGGCAGACGCAGCAGCUCCGGUUUGGGAAGCCACACCUCUUCAGGGGACCGGACACCAGACAGCCUCAGUGAUUCCGAGUACCGGCCUUCGUCUCGUCAGGACAGAAGGCGCCCAUCCCAGUCGCAAGCUUCUUCCUCCAAGUCCAACGAGUGCUUCGAGUGCGGCAAGGUGUUCCGCAGCCGUCACCAGAUGAUCGUCCACCAGCGGGUUCACAGGAAGGAUGGAGGCAGGGCCUCUGUUGGAGACAAGGAAAGAAGCACAAGAGAUGAGCGAUGGGGCUCCACCAGCGACCCAGAAUCAGGCUCUCCCAGCUGGCCCAGCACCCCGGGGUAUGGAGAUUCUCCACCAGCUUCCACCCUUGGAGACCAGGCCUCAGAGAUGGGUACUGCAAACUCUGGAGAGCUUUCGGAUGAGAAGCCUUACAUCUGCAGCAUGUGUGACUUUGUCGCCACAGAUUCACAGGCCUAUUUAACUCAUGUCCGUGUCCAACAUCCACCUGCCUCCAAAGAUAGAUCCAGCACCAUUCCCAGUCCCAGCUCGGACAGAGGAACUCCCAGCAGUAAUACCAAACUUAAGAAAGCGCUUCUUCAGGGAGUAAACAACUCUACAUCCCCUCCUGGCUACCGUUCAGCUCAGUCCACUGCACUUGAUCCCAGCGUAGCACCUUUGGAUCUAUGUGUCAGGGCUGAGGGCAUCAGGGGUAUAGCCUCUUUAGCCUUGGACAAGAAAAGCCUCCCUAGCCACAAGUGCUCCUUCUGCUCUCACUCCACCCGCUACCCCGAGGUGCUCUGGAUGCACCAGACUGUGGCUCACCGCAUUAAUGGCAAUAGUUCCAAUCUGGCUCCUAAAUGGGCUCUUAAAACCAACUCGAAAGGCUCCAAGGACAGUUCGUUAUCCUCCAGAAGACGCACAGGACCUCCACCUGUCCUGGAAGGGAAGGAGUGUCAGCCUCUCCCUUCACUGACGCGUACCCAGCGCACACGGCCUCCGGCGUGCUCUAGUGAGACUCUAAAAAAGAGCAAGCCAGCCAGUUAUUCAGCCACACCAUCAUCAUCUUCUGCCCCCUGCACCUCAUCCUCAAGGGGCCCCUCUUCUAGCUUGGGCACCCAAGCUGGGAGAGUCGCAGCACGGCCAGGCAGCAGCAACAUCAGACCCACGGAGGACCACACUCAUCAGUCACGCUUCAGACCCAAAGUGGAAGUGUACCCACGGGGAAGCUCGCUGUCAUCCUCCAGCUCCUUGGAGAAGAACACUGGCACCCCUUCACGCCCCUCAGCCCCAACUGCUGGCUCCGCUACAUCUUCCAGAGCUGACCGCUACUUGUUGCCCCAAGAGGGACUGGGUUUCAUGCUGUCUAGCAAACACGGCCUAGCAGAGUACAGUCGAGCUAGGGGCACCCCUCAUCAGCAGCUUCCUAACCCUCACAGCCAGGUUCGGGCUAAUGCUACGAGGCCCAGCACCAUUACCCAUAGUUCAACUGCAGGACACAACUUUGGUGCCUUGCAGGCGCAGGGUGGCGCUCUUCAGAAUUCCUCCUCUCCCUCCUCAUCCUCUUCUUCAUUACCUUCAGAGGCUCGCGGGGAGGUAAAGCAGGAGCCGAUUACAGAGACACCAGAGACGCCAAGUGACGUCCUCGGCUUCCUCAAAAACUACAGCCCUCAUGAAUUUGCUACCCUGUACCACCGCUGGGGUGCAGCCAAUGCCCUCAUGGAUCCUACUGGGAUGCUGAGGUCUCUCAUGCGGCAGGGACAGUAUUUCUGCAAUGAGUGUGGGAAGAGUUUCAGCCAGCCCAGCCACCUGCGAACUCAUAUGAGAUCCCAUACAGGGGAAAGGCCAUUCUGUUGCCAACUCUGCCCAUACCGAGCCUCUCAGAAAGGGAACCUAAAGACACAUGUCCAGAGUGUCCACCAUAUGCCUUUUGACAACAGCCAGUACCAAGACAGGAGGAGCUUGUUACUGAGCCAUGGGGAGCGAGGAGGACCGGCUGCCAAACACCCACCAAACCCACAACAGCAACAAUAAACGCCUUCAGCUGAUCUGAUCACAACCUGGACCAGCUUCUCACACAAUCCCAAAGCUCUGUCACCGUUCCUGAAAUUCACAGAUCUAGACACAAGAACCUACGACUAAAAGUUCACUUUUUGAGCCUUUCCUCUUCACCGUCACCCUUUAAUGAUGUAGAAUUUUCUGCAUUGAAGGUUAUUGUAGUUUUUUGUUGUUUUUCACUGUAAAAAAGCGUGUUCAAGUUGUGCUAGAAAAUUUCAAAAUCACGAAGACGGCCCAGAGCAGAAAAAGUCUUUUUAAUAGAAAUGACGUCUGAUGGAAAUCUGCUUUAAGAAGCUGCGUGGGUCAGGUGUGCACACCUCUCACCACAGAAGAAGUGAAGAGUGAAGUUUCUCUUUGGCAGGAAGGCUGGACUUACCAACAUUCAGUCUUUUGCUUCAUUGGGUCUUCUUUAUCACGAAGGUUGGUGUGUGACCUGUAAAUGAUUUCUGAUCACGGGAGCCCUGAAAAUUCGAUGAGUUGCCUCUUGCUGCCAUUUUUGGAGGUACCAACAAGUAAAGUUGCCGCCAGCUCCUUUACAGGAGAAGGAAAGUAAAUAAGGAGAGAAACUGAACUCAGAUGCAACUGCUGGCCUAGUGAUCGAGGACUGUGGCAUUGCAUGGCUGCUGUAGAUGCCCCCACAAACCUUUUCUUUUUUUUUGUUCUUUUAAGCUUUAUUGUACGUGAGAUUUUGUGCGUUUCUCAGGACACUGACCAUCAACACACAGCAGGAGAAGAAAGACGAGAAGCUCUACGGUUCAUCGACAACCAGCUGGCACAUAGCAAGUUUGUCUCCUCUGGGCUCUGACUCAGAAGACUUGCAUCUUUCUGUCAGCGUGUGUGUGUGUGCGCGUGUGUGUGUGCGUGUUUAGGUGUGCUAAACUCACUCCCCUUCAGUCGACAGUGUAAUGGUGGGAGUGCGGUGACCAUUCUAGAGCUAGUGAUUAGAAAGAGAGAGAAAGAUGGAGAGAGGUAGGAUCAGAAAGGGACAAAAAAGAGAGAACAGUAAUGGAGGUGUAUGCUCAUAAAAAAGGCAAUAUAAAUGAGGAUACCAUUUUUAUGGCCCUUCAAUUAUUGUCCAUUUAAGAGGAAGGGACUGAGUGGAGUUUUCCUCAGUAACUCGUUCGUAUUAGAGUGUCACCAUCUCAGACUAUUUGGGCUUUAAAUGAGGCGGACUCCACUAAAGCAGGAAGAAAGUGGCAGGAAGAAGUCGGCUCCAGAUUGCAAAGAAAAAUACGCUGCUGAUCAUGUUAGGGAGAAGAAAUGCAUCCUAAGAUUUUCCAUUGCUAAAGAGCAGUUCUGAACUUUUGACCGCGCUGUCUCUUAAAAAUGUCCAUUUCAUGAUGUCAUCUUAUGCCGGACUUAGAAAGCAUAAAUCUUUUGCCUUACAUAAACGGUAAUGGCUGAAAAUUUAUGCUGUCUGUUUUCUAUCUGGAAUCCACCAUGAUGCUUUUAUUUAAAAAAAUAAAUAAAUCUUGUGCCCAAGAACCCAGCAUGAGCAUGUCACCAGCAACAAACAGUCAUACAGAGAAAUGACACAAAAUUACCGGACGCCUGUCGAUUAAACGUUUUCAAUUGAAUGAUAGUCCUUAGCUUAAUGAGUCAACUUCAGUUUUUUUUAAUAUAUUUUUUGAGAGGAAAUGGUUUGAGUUGCAAGACUGUUAAAGGAGUUACAUAGGUAACGAUGGGCUACAUUUCACAAGAAUCCAAAACUGUGAUAAGGAGCCUUGUAAAUACCUCAUGCACGAAGCACGCUGGUAUUAACACUGCAGCCAGGCCCCUAAUUCCAUCUUUUACUCUCUUGUUGAUCCAAAACAGAUAGGCAGGCUGAAUACCAUCUAAGGUCCCCAUUAUACCCGUCACCCGGCGCCUUACGAACGGCAGAGUUAGCACCAAAUUGACAUCGCAUCCACUGUCACUGUUUUAACGAUAUGUUGGCACAGAAGCUCAGAGAUUAUACAGAGAGAUUUUUCAAAUGUCUGAAAAGAUAAGACUUAAAAAUAAAGAAAACAAAAACAGCUAUUUCUUUGCAUCAUCUCCUAUUUGUGCUGUAGUUGAGCUACUGGCUGACACCUAUUCAGCGGGUACAUGCACUGUAACAGCAAGGUGUGUGAUGGCACAGCAUGCCAAGCGACCAACUCGACGUCUACGAUGGGGCCUUAAUAACCGCAGAAAGCAGCAGUGCAAGUGCUGCAUUCUUUUUUUAUUUUCUUUGCAAAGUCACAGUUUCAAAAAUUUGUUCAGAUGUUCAAAAUCACGACUAGUCCUGCCGUUUCUUCCUGUCCCCGGCCAGUCUUAGUGGACAGACGUGACCGUGAUGUUGAUCUUCUCGUGUUAGGAUUUAAAGCUGUGCCUUUAAUGGUUUUAUUUAAAAGAUAAAGUGGGCACAUAAUGAAACGUAUCCACCAUCCUGUAGAACAGCGUGUUUAUUGGACCGACAAUGCAGAGCUGAUUAGGUUACCAGAACAUUUAAGCAGGCUAAUGCAGACUAACAUCCCCCGGGCUGUCAGUCUGAUUCUUUGAAUGGUGAUGUGAAGCUUUGCAUUCGAGGGGGUCAGAGAAAGAGUAGCCAGAGGUGAGGAGGUCAGCCUAUCAGAGAGUUCAUGAGUAAAUACACAAGGUGGAGACACUGAAUUGUAGAGCUGUCACAGCCUUAACACAGGUGUGUGUGUGAGUGUGUGUGUGUGUGUGUGUGUGCAUUUCAAACCUCUUUAUACUGUAUUAGAGGUUGACUAAACUUCCCGUGUACUACAGCCUCCGUCUUGAUGCUUUCUAUAUUAUCCUACCUCCUCUGUAAUGAAAGCAUGCUAACAUUUAUUGGCUGAUUUCAAGCAGGGCUGUUUGUUUUACUUGUCCUUCACCCUUAAAAUAGCCCCCAGGAUUGAAUACGCCAUGCCCAGCAUGUUAGGGAAGAGGAGAAGUAAAGCGAAGCAGCUCAAGACUCUGAAGAAGAGUAAAGCAGUCGGUUUCUCUGAUUCAAAAUUCACACCAGUUGUAGAUGACGGAGCUUACAGAGUACUGUAUUUUCCAUCUAUUUUGAGACCUCAGUAGUUUUUACGCAAAUGGGUGAUGAAACGGUUGUUAUGCCAUUGGGUUGUUUAGUUAUGCAUACAAUAUCGUGUGCUUGAAUCGGACUAACAAUGCACAAAGGUGUAUGUUGAAGGUGUGGUUAGUGAAAAUACUUGAAAUGGAUUCUCUAGCCUUUGAGGUAGGGUAGUACUAAUACCAAUGUUGUACAGAAGUCCCUUUAAAAUGAAUUCCUCAGCUAUGAAUUUGUACUCCGAAGUGUGACUUAGAAAAACUAUGAAGCAGGAGUAAGUGUAAUAUAAAGUGUAUAUCUCUAAUCUCUUAAACUCUUACCAAACCCUUUAUAUACAGCGGUAGAAACCAAAUGGCAUUACUUAGUGCACUUAGACUAGGUUAGUGCUUUAACCAUUCUUAUUUUGUCCAGUUCUAGCUAAGGUUUCUUUGAGAAUGUCUUUUUAACGGUGCCGGCUAACACACUUCAGCGCAAUUUCUGGUUUAGACAUUUUGUUUCUUUUUUUGGGCCUUUUAUUUUGUUACAAUGAUUCUAUAGAUAUGAAUGCAAAAUGAUUUGUUCUGUGACGGCUGUGUGGUACAGCUUUUUAGCUACGUUUCCUCAAGGGAGGUUUGAUAAUGCUAGGCGCAGCAGUGCUUAUUUUUUCAUAAAGAUGUAAAAGUGUGUUUUUAGUCUAUUUGCUAAACUGUAGGAUUUGUUGAGUAGCUAGUCAUGGUUUGCCCUCCCAGAGGGGCUGGCAGGUGUUGUUUCUUUUUUCUCUUUGGUUGGGUUUUUAUCAUGCCUCUUAAGUUGUAUUAUUUGUGUCCGUAUUCAUAUUUUUUUUAAUUUGUUAUGAACUCGAUGAUUAAUUUACCUUAGAAGACAUUAUUAUUCCAAAUGUAUUUGGUUGAUAUCUGUAUUUAUUAUCACUUCAAAACAGGAUAAGAGGACAGAAGCAGACAGGAGUGUUUGUUUUAAUUUGAUUUUUCCGGGUUGUUUUUAUACUGUGUAGUUUUCAAGCCAGCAAGCCGAUGUGAAAGCUCUACCUCGUCUGAGCCAUUCUCAGUUCUGUUAUACUUUUGUACAUCAUUUCAAAAAGAUGUAAUGUCAUGUCCACAAUAAAGACACACAAAAUGGCA